CAAGAUGUCAAGUGGAAUUGGAAGAUAUCCUGCUACUAAGUGUUUUCGCGGUGGGCAGGUGUUAUUUUGCGUGAAAUUUCUGUAAUUGUGCGUUGUCGCCUGCAAAGAACGGGAAAACAGUCGCCGAGAGACCAAGUAUGUUUUGUAAAAGUUCACUAUGGAAAAAUUUCCAUUAAAAGGUGGGAACUCGAGUGCGGUGACCGGGAACAGCUACAACACGUCCUAUCAGGCGGUUAUCAAGAAGUCAAACGGACAUCAACAUCCGCUACAACCCACAACAACUACAACAUCGCUUACGACGGUGAAUGACGAUGAAAUGAUUGACAUAAUUUCUUCGAGAAACGGAUCAAACGAAGGAUACACAUCGGCACCAAUGGCAGGAAAUGACGAAAGACCGCCACCUCCGACGCAUAGUGCAUUCGGUGGUGGCGAUUACCACGAUCCAGAAGAAGAUGUUCGUAUUAGAUUCAUCAGUGAUAAUGGAGGAGCAGUGUCAUUUUACGCAUCUCAAGAAGUUCACGAUGACAUCCCCGGGAUCGGACAGUACGAAGAUUUUCACACAAUAGACUGGCAAAGAGACAUUGCACGCGAUCGAAUGCGACAUAGAUACAUUGUUAAAAAACGUCAAGAUUCACUGUGCGAUUUUAUCAAGGGAGCGCAUGAUGCCUGGUCUGGAUGGGUUUGCGUCCUGCUGGUAGGGUUGGCCGCAGGGUGUUUUGCCGGUGUUAUUGACAUUGGCGCAAGUUGGAUGGCUGACUUGAAGUUUGGUAUUUGUCCUCAAGCGUUCUGGUUUAACCGAGAACAAUGUUGUUGGUCGUCAAAGGAAACAACAUUCGAAGUAGGAAACUGUUCACAGUGGCGAACGUGGCCUGAAAUAUUCGGACAAUCGCGAUUCGGAGCAGGUUCAUAUAUACUAUCAUAUCUAUUUUAUAUUCUUUGGGCGGUAUUAUUUGCUGCCCUGAGCGCAUUGUUGGUACGGAUGUUUGCGCCAUAUGCAUGUGGUUCGGGUAUACCCGAAAUCAAAACUAUCCUGUCCGGCUUUAUUAUUCGGGGAUAUCUGGGCAAGUGGACACUUAUCAUAAAAUCCAUAGGCUUAAUGCUGUCCGUAUCGGCUGGUCUAUGUCUGGGCAAAGAAGGUCCAAUGGUUCAUAUUGCCAGUUGUAUAGGAAAUAUUUUAUCAUACCUGUUCCCGAAAUAUGGUAGAAAUGAAGCGAAAAAGCGAGAAAUAUUAUCAGCAGCGGCAGCAGCUGGUGUAUCGGUUGCUUUUGGUGCACCAAUCGGUGGAGUGCUUUUCAGUUUGGAGGAAGUCUCGUAUUAUUUCCCCCUGAAAACUUUGUGGCGGUCGUUCUUCUGCGCAUUGAUUGCAGCAUUCAUAUUGCGGUCGAUUAAUCCAUUUGGAAACGAGCAUUCUGUCCUGUUUUUCGUUGAAUAUACUAAGCCUUGGAUCUUCUUUGAACUGGUUCCAUUUGUGGCACUAGGAAUAAUGGGGGGAAUCGUUGGCACCGUUUUCAUCAAAGCUAAUCUUUGGUGGUGCCGUUUCAGGAAAUCUAGUAAAUUGGGUCAAUAUCCCGUUACCGAAGUUCUAGUCGUUGUGAUUGUUACUGCGGUCAUUUCGUAUCCAAAUCCAUACACUCGAAUGAAUAUGAGCGAGCUUAUACACUUGCUAUUCAGUCAGUGUGGGAUAUCCAACAAUGAUCCAUUAUGUGACUACAACCGAAAUUUCACAGAUGUAAAUAAAGCCAUAGAAAUUGCGGCAGCGGGUCCAGGAGUAUACAGGGCAAUUUGGCUACUUAUUCUUGCAUUUAUUUUAAAGUUGGCAUUAACUAUUUUUACAUUCGGCAUGAAAGUGCCAUGUGGACUGUUUAUUCCGUCUCUUUGUUUGGGAGCGAUCAUGGGGAGAAUUGUUGGCAUAGGUGUCGAACAAUUGGCGUAUAAAUACCCACAAAUUUGGAUAUUCUCUGGGGAAUGUUUGACAGGUGAUAAUUGUAUUACGCCUGGCUUAUAUGCUGUUGUGGGUGCGGCCGCUGUUUUAGGCGGGGUGACACGCAUGACUGUUUCACUUGUAGUUAUAAUGUUUGAGCUGACAGGCGGUGUACGCUAUAUUGUACCUCUAAUGGCUGCUGCGAUGGCAUCAAAAUGGGUUGGUGAUGCCUUGGAUAGACAAGGUAUUUACGAUGCCCACAUAGCGCUUAAUGGUUAUCCGUUCCUGGACAGUAAAGAAGAAUUUUCUCACACGACAUUAGCGGCAGAUGUCAUGCAGCCAAAACGAAAUGGAACACUAUCCGUGAUAACUCAGGAUUCUAUGACUGUGGACGAUAUUGACUCCUUACUGAAAGAAACUGAGCACAAUGGCUACCCAGUCGUAGUGUCCAAAGAAAGUCAAUAUUUAGUAGGAUUUGUACUUCGACGAGAUCUGAAUUUAGCGAUUGCUAAUGCAAAACGCAUGAUAGAUGGAAUAAGUGGCCAAUCAAUAGUUUUAUUUACAUCAGUAUCACCUGUUCAGAAUCUUGGUCCUCCACCUCUUAAAUUGAAAAUGAUAUUAGACAUGGCGCCAAUAACUGUCACCGAUCAAACUCCGAUGGAAACUGUUGUCGAUAUGUUUAGGAAAUUAGGUCUACGCCAAACUUUAGUUACACAUAAUGGACGAUUGCUGGGUGUGAUCACGAAGAAAGAUGUAUUACGACAUGUGAAACAAAUGGAUAACGAAGAUCCAAGCACUGUUUUAUUCAAUUAAUGGCUGAUCAAUGGAGCGCAGUGCGCACUAGAGCACUUUCAUCAAUGGCAACAAAGCAAAAGAUUAUUAUUUAUUUAUGUAGCCCAAAUUGUUUACUUUUUACAUUAGUCUAAUUGUAUUAUUAUCAUUGUGUCUAUUUUAUAUAUUAUUAUACAUUACAUUGUUAUUAUCUGUCCAAAAUGUUUUAUAUAUUCAGAAUUAAGAGCAAAUAGAAUGAAUGUACUAAUCCUUUCCAGAGUGAUAUUAUCUGUAUUCAAUUGACUACUUAUUUUUCUGACCUUUUUCAAUUUGCAUGUUAGAAUUUGCUCAGGUUAAAAUGAUAUCCGCACUCGCGGAGAUGUGUUUAAUGAAACGAAAACAUGCAGCCAGUAUACCCAGCAUUAAGGCGAAUUUCUGUAGCCCUAGAAUAGGAAGGCAUGAGCAAAAGGAACUAGGGAGAAGUUCCAAAACCUGUUUUCCGACUGAAAAUUCUUUCCGACUGAUUGUACCGGAGAAAGCAUCUGUUUUGGCGAAAGCCACAUAGAAUAUUUGCUGUAUUUUUUUCAUUUUCGCGAAUCUCAGUUGUAUCAAUCUUAAUUUGACGCGUCAAACGAAUUUUAGAAUGGAAAACACUCGAUUAUUGAGAUAUAUGUUAGGCUAUUGCUUGAGUUGUAAAUGAUCGAUUUGGUAUGAAAAAUAUAAAGAAUAAAGUAAAGUAUUUAUUCAAUUGUAACAUAUGGAGAUAUAAUAAAAAAGAUAUAAAUAAUCGUA